AGUUUUGCCUUGUGUUGCUGUGUCAUUGCAAACGGUGUCUAAUGAACGUGUCGUUACGUGCACCUCGAUAACCGCCACGGGACGGCGACCAGCUAUGUGAUAUUAAGCUGACAUUGUUGGCUAACUCGGCUAGCUGUUAGCAUUGUGCUGCCGUUCGUUUGACAACUAAUGCUACUGUAGCAGUUUAUCGACACCAUGCUAACAGUUGUUAGCCUCCAGCUUUACCUUGCGCUCCAGGACACUUAAGCAGCCCCCUGGCCUAUGGCACUUUUUCUUUGAGCACGGAGGGGUCUGAGUGAAGGCUGAAAGAUGGUCUGAUGGACCGCCGCUUCUUCCUGACCUUCCUCUUCUGCUCAGUGUCGUGGAUCUUCUUCUGGGAAGUGCGCUGGAAGAAAGGAAAAGAAAGUCAGAUUGAGGAAUGGCUCCAAGGACAUAGCCUCUCUCAAUACAGGCACUUAUUUGAAGAUGUACAGACACUGGAGGAACUGAGUCUGAGUGUAUUGAGUCGUCUGGAAGAGGUGGUGAAGGAACAGCAGCGGUGGAGGGAAAUUGCAGAGGCCCACAUCCAGCUGCUCCGAGACUUUGCCUUCCAGGAGUGGCUUUGCUCCCAGAACCUGGAGCACUAUUACCAUACACUUAAGACCUUGGGUUGCAUGAAUCUGGAUGAUCUGUCUCAGUUUGACAGUCAGCUGCAGCUGUCUCUAGCUGCCUGGGGAUACUACUACGAAGACUACAUUAAGUUGUCCACAGGCAUCAAGAUCCUCCAGAACUCAAGGGGGAGUCGUGACCAGGACUACGAGAUCCGGCUGGUACACAGCCUUGCUGUGAGGCGUCUGAAUGAGAAGUGGACAAUCGCGGGAGCUCUCAUAUUUGGCUGUACUGUGGCGCUGUGCUUCUUGAUAAGGGACCUCAUGUUUUACGUGAUUGGUGGAAUUACUGUUUCCAUCAUAGCGUUUGUCUUCACCAUCAAGUUCCUCUGUGAGCUUGCAGCGAGGGUGGUCAGCUUCCUGCAGAAUGAGGAUCCGGGGCGACGCGGCGACCGCAGCAUCUACGACUAUGUCCGGGGAAACUACCUGGACCCACGUUCCUGUAAGGUGUCUUGGGAUUGGAAAGAACCGCAGGAAGUGGGGCAGACUAUGAGCUUCAGAGUCCAGCUGUUUUAUAAGAAUGGCCAGCCAUUUCCGGCCCACAGGCCUGUUGGGCUGAGGGUCAACAUCACCCACAUUGAAUUGGCUCUGGACAUCCCUGUUACACAGGAGGUUCUGCAGGAACCAGAAUCCAAUGUAGUCAAAGUGGCCUUCACAGUGCGCAAGGCCGGACGCUAUGAGGUUGCUGUCAAGCUGGGUGGCCUCAAUGUGGCCUACAGCCCUUAUUACAAGAUAUUUCAGCCAGGUACAGUUGUCCCAUCCAAAACCAAGAUAGCCUACCAUUUCUCCACCCUGGUGCUAACAAAUGGCCAGCAGCACACUUUGCAGAUUGAGCCCAGGGACGAGUAUGGAAACCCCACCAGUAACUCCACAUCUCUCACAGAUGAAGCCAACUACAGCGUCCAUGUGCACUCUCUGGGCACGGUGGAUGAUGACAGUGUGGAUGACUACUACAGUAAGUCAGUGUCACUAAACAAGCAGCAGUGCCAGGUUCUGCUGAGACUGACUCUGAGGAAGACAGGCUGUUUCAGGGCUCGCAUCUCCUACAAGGACCAGCCACUCAGCAACGGGGAGUUUGACAUUAUUGUUCUCAGUGAGAAUGAGAAGGCCUGUGUGGAGAAGAAUGUGUCCACUCCAGGCAUAAGUAUCUACUUUGAGGCGUAUCUUUACAGCAAUGGGAACUACAGUUCCUCAUGGCAGUUACCAGCCUCCUCUUUGCUGGCUCCUCAGAGGAGGCCCUCCAUGGGAGAAGAGGAGGAUGAGCAUGACUCUCCUGUGGAGGGACAACCUGAGAAGGUCAAGAAACCAAAAAAGGUCUACUGUUACAUAUCGCCAAAGCAACUAUCCGUGAAGGAGUUCUACCUGAAAAUAAUUCCGUGGCGCCUUUUCACCUUUCGAGUAUGUCCAGGAACAAAGUUCACCUAUUAUGGUCCUGACCCAGUUCACAAGUACCUAACACUAGUGGUGGAUGAUGGGAUACAGCCUCCUGUGGAGCUCAGCUGCAAAGACAGGAAUAUCAUGGCUGCCACUUUCAUUCGCUUCCUGCACAAGAACAUUGGUGGCUCUGAAACGUUCCAAGACAAGGUGAACUUCUUUCAACGUGAACUCAGGCACAUCCACUCCAAGAGACCUCGCACCAAGACCUGCCUAAAAAUCACUCGACACUCCAUUCUGGACUCAUCCCUGAAGGCUACGAGGAACUUCUCUGUGUCAGACUGGAGUAAGAACUUUGAGGUUGUGUUUCAGGAUGAGGAAGCUCUGGACUGGGGAGGGCCUCGCAGGGAGUGGUUUGAGCUGGUGUGUAAGACCCUGUUUGACACCUCCAACCAGCUGUUCACCCGCUUCAGCGACAACAACCAGGGUCUGGUGCACCCAAACGCUGAGCGGCCACCACACCUGCGCCUAAAGAUGUAUGAGUUUGCGGGACGCGUCGUCGGGAAGUGCCUGUACGAGUCUGCUCUGGGUGGGGCCUACAAACAGCUGGUCCGAGCUCGCUUUACACGGUCUUUCUUGGCCCAGAUCAUUGGCCUCAGGAUGAACUACAAGUACUUUGAGACGGACGACCAGGAGUUCUACAAAACUAAAGUCUGCUUCAUCCUAAACAAUGACGUGAGUGAAAUGGACUUGGUGUUUGCUGAGGAGAAGUACAGCAAGUCAGGACAGCUGGAGAAGGUGGUGGAGCUGAUAUCAGGGGGAGCUCAGAUCGCUGUUACCAAUGAAAACAAGAUGCAUUAUCUCAACCUGCUGGCCCAGUACAGACUGGCCAGCCAGGUGAGAGAUGAGGUGGAACACUUCCUGAAAGGUUUGAACGAACUGGUUCCAGAAAACCUGCUAGCCAUAUUUGAUGAGAACGAGUUGGAGCUGUUGAUGUGUGGCACCGGUGAUAUAAACGUGCAGGACUUCAAGGCCCAUGCUGUCAUUGUCGGAGGAUCGUGGCACUUCAGAGAGAAAGUGAUGAAGUGGUUCUGGGCCGUGGUGUCCAGCUUCACCCAGGAGGAGUUGGCUCGUCUGCUGCAGUUCACCACCGGCUCCUCUCAGCUUCCCCCUGGGGGAUUCAACACCCUUUGCCCCUCCUUCCAGAUCAUCGCCGCCCCCACACACAGCACCCUGCCCACUGCACACACAUGUUUUAACCAGCUGUGCCUCCCUACGUACGACUCCUAUGAGGAGCUGCACAAGAUGUUGAAGCUGGCCAUCAGUGAGGGCAGCGAGGGCUUCGGCAUGCUCUGACUCUCCCAUCACUGGCACCGUGGUUACCCCAGUGCAUUCAUCUGCAUUUAACAGUGGGCUUCUUGGCGGAGAAUCACCCAGACUCCCUACAUAUACUCUCUCAGGAUGAGAGGGCACUACAGAAAGUCCAAGACGGCUGUCCUGAAACUGGAACUCAAAUGAACUCUAGUGCUACUGUAUGUAUAUAAAAUAUCUCGCUUUUGUAAAAAAAAAAAAAAGGAAACCAGGAACUGCUGAAAAAGGUGAGGUUUGGGCCAGCUGUAUUUCUUAAUGCUAAAGUUUGCUUAGUUUUAUAUGUUUGAAAGACAUGAUGCUAGAGCAAAGGCCUUGAGUAUUACUUUAUACCUGCUUCUUUUGCAUUUUGCAAACUGAGGAACACUUAAGUGCAACUGCGGCCUACAUGUGAUGUGGGUGACGCGUGCAUCUACGGCACUUUGGCCUUACUCGAUCAGGGACUGAUGUGUGUUUGUAAAUAUAUAAUAUCACUCUUUUAUUUCAAUAUUUGUACAUAGUAGUGUGUAUAAAUAGGUUUUCACCUCGUUAUCUUUUUGGUUCAAGGAGAAGGGAUUUUCUUUAUUGUUGCACGUUUGGUAGGGGGAGAGUUUAUAUAAUUUCUAUAAGCUUUUUUUUUUCUCUCAGAAAGAAUGGGUUUUAAAAGAAGCCAAGUGAUUUCUAUUGUUUAUACAUGUUUUUAACUUAUUAUAUGUUGAAAAAUAUUUGUGUUGACCCAUACUGUUGAAACUAUGUUUGUUUGGAGCGGUAAAUGUUUUUGUUAUGUUUUAUAACCUGCCUUACUCAUGCCCUUUGCCUCUGAUUGUAUCCAGAGAGGUGCGUAUUUGAGAAAAGCAUAGUCGACAAUAGUAAUCGUUAUAUUAUGACAUUUCUACAAGUACGCGCAGGGGUCACUGUGGAUGUUGGGGAGAGCCCAUGUAUAACAUUUUGUUAUAUAUGCUGUAUGCUUUUUACUUUUUCAUUCACAGCCUUUUAUGGGUUUACCUCAAAAUCUCCUAUGCCACCUGUUCACACUAUGACACAGGUGUAUAUGUGUACGCCUGUGCACAUAUAGUUUGCUAGAAGCCGCCUCCUUCCAGUCCCACAACCUUUAGCCAUAUUAUCCCAAAACCUCAGUAAACUGAAGGAUUAUAACAAUGCAGAUUACGUCCCUGUUUGUUUUUCUUUAUGUUGUUAUAAAACUAUUUAUUUUUAAUGCUGUUAGUAUUGUCAAUAUCCUGAGCCAGCAGAGGUUUUUUCUCUUUUCUGUUGAAUUGUGUAGCAAUUCUUUUGCUGUUCCAGAGUUGACUUGUUAUUUAGCCAUUUUAUACUAUAGUGUGUGCUUCCAGUCAGUGUUUGUAGAGCAUUUAGGAAAAUUCAUGUUUAGACUUGAAAAGAAAACAAAAACUGAAGAAUUCAUCUCAUUAGUAUUUCAAUUUGAAUAUGUUCACGAUCAGCACAGAGCACUCUGGAUGCAGUUUCACUCCUCACGUUAUUCUCAGUGAAAGUCAGACUCAGCCACAAAGAGAUUUAGCAUCAUUAUCGUUAUAUUGCAAAGAUGUCACACUUUAACUGUUUUUGCAGCAGGCUGAGAUUCACUGUGUUGGCUCAUCAAAGCCAAAGCAGUGUCCUCUGGGAAACUGAUGAUCAUUUGCUUAUGCUUUAGCUGGCCUUUUACAGUGUUAAGAGGUUUAUAAGAGGGUUUGUGUUUGUUUGGGUUGUGCAAUGUUGACCUGAAGUACUGACAACAGAGGGGGAAAAAGUGCUUAUGAAAAUGUUUCAUUAAGGGUGUGUUUUCAGCACCAGUAUCAAUGGCUAAUCUAUUUACCAGAAUUAAAAGUAGUUAAAGCAUAACAUGUGUUAGUUGUUCCAUUAGAUAGGACCAUUAUAAACAAAUAUGAAGGAGGUCUGUCUUGUAGUUUUAUGUCCAUGUUUAAUGUUUGCUUUUCAUGAGCAUCUACUCUGUUUUAUGUUUGGAUUGUUUCUGGAUUAGAUGGCCUGAGUGUGACUUUUAGCGAUGUAGAUAUUGUGAAAUAUUUGCCUAUGACUUUGAAGCUGGGAUACUUUUUUUUCUUCCUUUUUUUAAUGGCAAGCCUCUACUGAUGAAUGUUUGAGAUUCUCUGCACUGCAGGUCCUUUUGUUUAUGGGAAUAAAAAAUGAUGGACUAAA